GUUAUCUGGAUUAUUUUCUCCAUUGAGUUUGCUGUCAUUUGUCUGGCACUCUAUGGAUUGUGUUGUCUGCUUAGGUCUAACCAUGCUGUCCCUUUAUUCAUCAUAAAUCUGUUUGUUUCUGAGAUCAUACAGAUUUGUGUCAAGCCUGUUCUGAAUUUUUGUACAUUUAAUCUAAAAAAAGAAUGUAUUCUUUUUUGUAUUUCAUGUUUAUAUCCUGAGCAUAGUAGUUAACAUUGGCUUCAUGGUCUGUAUCUCAAUGGAAAGAUACAUAAUGAUCUAAUACCCUGUUUGGUACCGUCUUCAUCAUUCGUGUAGGAAUUUAGUUCUGAUAUGCUUUUUAGUUUGGGCAACACUCUGUGGAUUUAUGGUGAUGGAUGUGAUUAUUGCACUUGCAGUAGAUGUGGAACUUGCAUUUCUUCUGAGUCUAUUUAUUUUUUUGUUACCUUAUCCACUGGUUGUGUUUUCCUUCGUGGGUUCGUGGAAGGCACUGUCUCAUUCGGUCGCAGUCACCCCUGAUGAAAGAAAGAGUAUUUUGAUGAUUCUGGCUCUUGUACUUCUCAAUUACACUGUGUUGUUCCUACCAAGCAUUGUGCAAAAGAUAAUUUUUGCAGUAUCCUUUAAGCAUGGAAUAAGUAGCUACUAUGAUUGUUUACAUUCAGUGUCAGGAAUCAUGAUGUAUUUAAAACCACUUGCUGACUCUUUGCUGUAUGUUUUCAUAAGGAUGGAUGCUAAUCUCAUGUUUAGAGUUUUGGGUUGUAAAAAGCUGUGUGAAAAUCAGGUGUAGCCCUUCAAUCCAUAAGCUGUUGUGUUAAAACUAACAAACAUUUGAUUGAGAAGCACUGAAUUUUAACCGUUAGAGCAAAAAUAACAAUUUUGAUCGCCUUUAAUGUGUGUUUUAAGUUCCAUUUGUGUCAAUAUCAAAGACAGCACAUGAAACUAUUUAACAAAUUUAACCACUUUACUGAGUACUCCCCAUUAUUCACAUUUUAAAUGUAACAACAUUUUCUGUCAAUCCCUAUGAGCAUAAUUGAGUUUCAGGAAAUGCUAGCCAAAUAUUAAUCUGAUUGCAUGAUGAUAGGAUGAAAAUGCAGAGCUAAUGGUGGAUGGAUCUGGUUAAGUGUUAGUGGCUCCUCCCUCUCUGCGUUGUCUCUUCAUCUGUUACUUUCUACCAUAAUAAACCAGCAGAAGCAGCUCAUUGUCAGCUCAAUAGAAGUGUCACUUUCACAAAAACUGAUAGGACAAAUAAUCACCACAGGAGCAUCCAGUGUCCAUCCAAGACACAAGAAAUGGUUUAUACUGGAACAUCAACCAAUAGGACAUUCCAGCUGGAAAUAAGCCAAUUUCCAUGGCAAAUUGAUGAAUUGAAUUUGACAUUUCUAGAAAAAAUACUUUGUGGAUCCACAUUUGAAACUGUGGUUAUAUGGAUUAUUUUCUCCGUUGAGUUUCUUGUCAUGUCCUUGGCAUUCUAUGGAUUGUGCCGUCUGAUCAGCCCUAACCAUCCUGUUCCUGUAUUUAUCGUAAACCUCUUUAUCACUGAUGUCAUUCAGAUUUGUUUCAGACCCAUCUUAAAUUUUUGUACAUUCAGUGUUGUUAUUGCACUCAUCUACUACAUUUAUUCCUUGAGCAUAAUAGUUAAUGUUGGCUUCAUGGUGUGUAUAUCUGUGGAAAGAUACAUAAUGAUCAAAUACCCUGUUUGGUACCGACUUCAUAAUACUUCAAAAAAUUUGGCUCUGAUAUGUUUGUUGGUUUGGGCAAUAUCAUGUGGAAUAAAUGUGAUUGAUGUGAUUAUUGCACUUCACGGGAAUAUGGCACAUGCAUUUUUCAAAAGUGCAUUUGUUCUAUUGGUACCAUAUCCACUGGUUGUGUUUUCCUUUGUGGGAUCAUGGAAGGCACUGUCUCAUUCCGUAGCAAUAACCCCUAAUGAACAGAAGAAGAUUUUGGGGAUUCUGGCCCUUGUACUUUUUAAUUACACUGUGUUGUUUAUGCCAGUCAUUGUCCAAAGCAUUAUUAUGAUGUUUUCCUUUGAACAGGGUCUAAGACUUAGUGGUUAUUUAUUAUCAGUGUCAGGAAUCUUGGUGUAUUUAAAUCCACUCGCUGACUCUUUUCUGUAUGUUUUCUUAAGGAGAGAUGCUAACAGCAUGUUUAAAUGUUUAUGUUGUGAGAAGCUACAUGAAAAUCAGAUAGAAAACUCCUCAAAUUCUUUAUCUAGGAGGGGUGAAGUGCAAAUCAGUAUAAUAGCAUACAGAGAACCAACUGAGUUACAAUCUAAUUGUAAUUUCAACUAAUUGUAGAAAUUAAUUGUAAUAAUCCAGUGAGGUUUUUGUAUGCACAAUGAGUCUGACUACAGCAAGUGCUCCACACAGGGAUUUGAUCUUACCAACAUCCAAUCCAUCUGGGAUAACAUGAAAAAAAAGGAAAAACUGAGGCAGGAUCCAGAAGAACUGUGGCAACAUCUACAAAACACUUGUAUUUGUGCAUUAACUAAUGAGACAGUAUUGUACUAUUAGGCUACCUAUUGUUCUUUAUAAUUCUUUUGCACUUUAAUCUGUUUGAAACAUUUAUUUAAUAAAUUUUUGUUUAGCCUAU